CUGCUGUGUGCUCGUGUUUCACGGUAUCUGGAGACUUCUUGUAGUGCCAGCUUGGCAUUCUGGGGGCAACAGUGAUGCUGCAGCACUGGUCAGCAUUCCUGCCGCUUUGUCUCUUGGCCGUUGGUGGCAGUCUGAGUGCUCCUAGGCAUCGCAGGCAAGAAGGCGGUGUCAAAUGCGGGCUUCAGGGGUGCCCCAGCAGUGCCCCAGGCUACCUUAACGUUCACAUCGUCUGCCACAGUCACAAUGACGCAGGGUGGGUCGAACCCGUGGACAUUAUGUACGACAGUGCUGUGCAGCACAUCUACAACAAUGUCAUGGACAGCCUGUCUCGGUACCCCGAACGUCGGUACGUGAGCGCGGAGAACGUCUACUUCUCACGCUGGUUGAUGGAAAACCAGAAUGUGGGCAACCUGGCUACUGUGCAACGGCUGGUGGAUUUGGGCAAGUGA